AUGGCGGCCGCAGCCUGCGGUACUCGUGGUUGUACAAGGACUAAUAAUUCAGCCAAACCACACAAAGAACACCUGCGAAAAAGCCGGGACUCCCAUAGGAGACAAGCGGCCCUGUUGUUUCUUACCAACAUAUCUUUGGACGGACGACCGGUUUUCAAUCUAAGCAGUGGAACCGUUGGCCCCAGGGAAGCCGAGAACCGGUGUGUGGAUGUCGGUGCGUCAGCGGUGACGGGUCCCCCUCUGUCGACAACCAGCAGCUACGGAACCUUCACCCAAGUGUCAUCCUCCAUCAGCGGGGGGGCUGCUACCCCAUUACCGAGGACUAACACAUGUCCAGCUCCUGUACAAUUUAAUAUAGGGAGUAGCGACGUUUUCACGGAGGAUGGAAGAGCAGAUCCUUUGUCAGUCCAGGGACCCCCGCUUUCACCGACAUCUGGACCGUUGAAUCCCCUUUUAGGAUCCAGCAAAUCGCCCUGCCAGUUUCCGGGCUCUAACCCCGUGCCUGAUCCCCGACAAAGGACACGUAACCUGUCUGAAUCCCCAGGGCCAAAAGUUUCCAAGAAGGUGCACUUCAUCAAGAACAUGAGACAGUAUGAUACGCGAAGUAGCAGGAUUGUGCUGAUCUGUGCCAAGCGAUCUCUGUGUGCUGCUUUCUCUGUAUUGCCCUAUGGAGAGAGCUACCACAUCAGUGACUCAAAACUAGAAGCCCAGAGACAGAGGCACUCUUCUGGUGGGGGAGUAGAUAUGGUCCCUGGGCUGGAGGGAGUGGAGGUGGACUUUGGAAAGACAGUAUCAUAUGCCCGCUUCCUACUCCCAACCAAUGCCUUGGUCAGGCAGAAGAGCAGUGGCCCACCUGAUCUCAGUACAGCCCAGACCCCUAUGUUUCGAAAUCGCAUCAACGCCCAGAAGAACUUCACCCCUUCCCGUAUAAACAGCACUGCUGGGCAAGACACCGGUGUGGAUGAGCUGUCAGACUAUGACCCCAACUUACUCAGUGACCCCCAGUGGCCUUGUGGGAAGCACAAACGGGUCUUAAUCUUUGCGUCCUAUGUGACAACGGUUAUUGAAUAUGUGAAACCAUCUGAUUUGAAGAAAGACAUGAACGAGACAUUCAAGGAGAAGUUUCCCUACAUAAAGCUGACCCUCAGCAAGAUUAGAAGUUUGAAAAGGGAGAUGCGAUCAGUGAGUGAGGAGUGUGGUCUACAGCCGGUUACCAUAGCAAUGGCCUAUGUUUACUUUGAGAAGCUGGUUCUGCAGGGUCGACUGAACAAGCACAACAGAAAGCUGGUGUCUUCUGCCUGUGUUUUACUGGCUGCCAAGAUUAGCAGUGACCUCAAGAAACAAGAAGUCAAGCAAUUGAUUGAUAGGUUGGAGGAGCGUUUCCGAAUAAACUGCAAAGAGUUGAUUUCCUUAGAGUUCACUGUUCUGGUUGCCUUGGAGAUGGCACUCUACCUCCCCGACAGCAAGGUCAUGCCUCACUAUCGCAGACUGGUACAGCAGGUCUAAGUAGAGUUGGUCUAAACAAGAGGUGCCCUUAGUGCGCAGACAUGUAAUUCUGGUCUAAGGUGGUUCUGGAAGGUUUUUUGUAUUUAUCAAUUCAACAAAUUCCAGAUCAGUGGAGUUUCUCACUGCUAUGUCUAGUGGUCUCAGCACUCCUAUCUUCACUCGUUUGUUUACUUCAUGAAACUGACUGUAUAAAGCAUAAAGGUGUUUUGAGAGAGGCUUACUUCAAGCACUGAUUUAAAGGGAUAAUUCACCCAAAAGCUACGAUUCUGUCAUUUACUUACCCUCAUUUUGUUCCAAAUCUGACUUACUUUCUUCUGUGUAACACAAAAGGAGAUGUUAGGCAGAAUGUUAACUUCAGUCACCAUUCACUUUCUUAGUAUAAAAAAAAAAAAAACAUUCUGCCUAACAUCUCCUUUUGUGUUUCAGGGAAGAAAGUAAGUCAUAUGGGUUUAGAACAACAUGAUGAUGAGUAAAUGGUGACAGAUGUUUUUUUUUUCUUUUUUUUGUGAGCUAUCCCUUUAAGUUUCUUCCCUGUGUAAUUUUUUUAAUACAGCAAACAUUUGUCAACUUUAGUUUAUCAAAUAUGUUUUUAAGCUUUUUAUUGAUACAUUUACUUUUAUUUAUGCAAUAUUUUAUUUAUGGAUGACAUUAGUUUUAUUACAAAUCAUAACACUGGACAUUGAAUGUUAUGUUUUUUUUUAUGACUCUUCACAUGGCCAGGAGUGCUUUAUAUUAUUAUUAUUAUUAUUUAUUUUUAUUUUUUUAUUUUGUGGCAUUCCGAUGCGUAUCCAGCCAGGCACUCUAUGUUAGAGAUGACAUUUAACAGGCACAUUAAUUGUGCUCCUCUAGUAGUACUUUUGUUUUUUCCAGUCAUUUGAUAUUUGCCAAUUGUAGACUGUGAUUUUACAGUGGAAUGAGUGGAUUAAAGUGGACUGAUGUUAAGGAGAUACAUCACAUUUUUUUAUGUACUGUUGAAUGUAAAAAAAAAAAAGAAUUUUUUUUCCUUUAAAGGUGCACCAAGUUCGUUUUUGUUUUUGUCUUGGACUUAUAGUUACACCUAGCGGUGUGGAUGCAGCAUCAUUCAAAUGCAGUAGUUAUCAUUUAUCUACAGUAUGCCAUUGUAGAAGACCACUGUUCACUGUCAGCCAUGAUUAAUUUUGUGAAGUGUCUAUUUACAGGGCAGUAACAGUGAUUAAGUAAGUAGUAUUCAGCUGGUCAUGUGAUCUCAUCAUGUCAGCCCCCAAGAGGGGACUCUCUCCAUGUAGAAUAAAACGGCUUUUAUAAGGUUACUGAUUUGACUGGAGUCCUCAUCUUGUGUGAGUCAUCAAGAUUAAAUGCAUGUUUCCAAAUUGCAGUUCAUUUCUUUAGGAGUAAAACCUUUUUAAUAAGGAAAAAUCACUGAGUGCACCUUUAAAGUGUGCGUGCAAUUUUUAGCUGUUUGUCAAACUGAAUUGUUGACGAGUUGUCUAUUACAGAUGCAAGUGUUUAUGAAUGUCUUGAACGUUUUAUGAUUAUAAGGUGUAUUACUUUCUUUAAUGCACAGCUGUGACAAUUACAGUAAUGAAAUUUUAUUUAAUUUGUACAGUCCUACUGUGUCCUAUAUAUAUUUAUCUUAUGUGCAAAGUGGAUUAAACAACAUGUUGCAAGCAGUAGAUUUUACAAAUAACUCCACAUGUAUAUUCAGCUGUUUGGUCACAGAGGAUCUCCUCCAUGACAGUGAACCAUGUAUUUGUGUUGUGCAGUGUUGAAUAUGAGCUAACCUGUAUAAAUCUUUCUGGUUAGUUUUCAUACAAUGUUGUCUUAUCUUUUUCUCUGAUAUUCUGCAAUCCUUUAGAAAUGUUUAAAUACCAUAGGAGUGGCCUAUGUUUACUUUGAGAAUGUGGACAGUAUCACAGUUUGGAGCAUUACCACUCAAUCACGAUGCAACAUUUAUUUUUACAUUUGAUUUUCAGCAGCAGCAUUUGAUUAUACAUUUUGACUAAUUUGCCUGUUUAUUUUUUGAGCGGCUGAAGCGCACAACUACCAUCUAGUGGUGGUCUAUUUAAUGUGAUGGAUCUGAUUCUGUAUGUUGUUUUUCUCCUUUGCCUCUGGGAUUUAGAUUUGGUCACAUUUCAGAUAUUUGAGACAAAUUAUCAGUUGCGAGAGGAUAAUUGAAUUUAUGGGUAAUCACACUUCAUUAUUCCUCCUUGGUAUAAAUCUUCACACUGAAGAAUGUGAAGAAGUGCCUUUUCUAUUACAUUUGUCUACGGUUAUGCUGCCAUACUAUUUUCCACAUGUCAACCUCUUUAAUCUUUUUUAAUAGUGGGUAAUCACACACUUUGGCAAUCUUACUUAACUUAAUAUGGAUUUUGGUUUGAACUAUGUGAUGUGUUGGGAAAAACAUUUACCCCUGUGAUAUUGUCAUGAAAGCUUUUGAAGAUCUAAAAUGGUAGAAGCACUGUGAGGGAAUCCUGUGAAAUUCUGCAUGAGAUUACUCAAUUUUUUUGUAAGUGCAAUUUCCUAUUGUAACAGUAUGUCAUAGACUGAUGUGUUGGUUUGCACAUAACUGUUCACAGGGUUCUGUCUUUUGUUCUGUGCAGAUGCUGUGAUUUUGUCAUUUUUUCUUCGAAAUUUACAUUUAUAAAAAUGUUUUUAAUUGUUCA